CCGGGUUAGUGUGUAGCCUACUAUCCGCUCAGCUGCUAAAUGUAAACGUAUACGCGAGAUCCAUCUGUGGGAAUGUUAUCUUAAUGAAAUGUUUUGUUAAGGAUUUCCACAUUUCCUCAAAGUUUAUGCUGGCUCACUUCGUCGUCGGUUGAUGUGUGCGUGUGGGGGGCCCCCAGGGUUGCUUUCAAGAUAGACCCCCAUCGGCAGGCAGCCUCCGCCAACCUCCUGAGCGAGCUCCGCCUCCUGCCGGAUAAGACCGCCCACAAAGUGCCCCUGCGUCUGCCCGGCGCCAAGCCCAGCAACCUGCAGGCCCUCAGCCAAUCGCUGGGGCAGGACGCCGUCGCCAUGGACACGGAGUCCACCUACUCUGGGUACUCCUACUACUCCGGACGAUCCAGAGGCUCUCACCGUCACGGGGAGCGGAGCCGGGACCGGCACAAGUCUCGCAGCAAGGACAGCAGCCGCUCGGAGAAAUCGGUCACCAUCAACGCCCCACCCGCCGAGCCUCUGCUGGGGGACCCCGCAUCCCGCGGGGAGGAGGUGCAGGAUGAUAACUGGGGCGAGACCACCACCGCAGUGACGGGCACGUCGGAGCACAGCCUGUCUCAGGAGGACAUCGUGCGGAUCAGUAAGGACCUGGAGGACAGCGUGGGCCUGGGCUGCCGGCGGUACCUGGGCCUGACGGUGGGGGUGGUUCUGGGGGUGCUGGUGCUGCUCACGCCGCUGGCCUUCCUGGUGCUGCCCCACGUGCUCUGGCCCGAGAAGCUGAAGGCGUGCGGCACGGCCUGCGAGGGCCUCUUCAUCUCCGUGGCCUUCAAGCUGCUCAUCCUCCUCAUCGCCGUGUGGGCGCUGUUCCUGCGGCCGCCCCGGGCGGGCCUGCCGCGCGUCUUCGUGUUCCGGGCGCUGCUCGCCGUGCUGGUGCUGCUCUUCGUCAUCUCCUACUGGCUGUUCUACGGAGUGCGCAUCCUGGAGUCGCAGGAUGAGAACUAUCAGGGCAUAGUGCAGUAUGCAGUGUCGCUGGUGGACGCUCUGCUGUUCAUUCACUACCUGGCCAUCGUGCUCCUGGAGCUGAGACAGCUGCAGCCCUGCUUCUCUGUGUGCGUCACACGCUCCACCGACGGAGAGACUCGCCACUAUAACCUGGGACAACUCAGUAUCCAGCGCGCUGCUCUGUCCAUCCUGGAGAACUACUACCGGGAUUUCCCCGUCCACAACCCCGCCCUGCUGACAGCCUCCAAAUCCCGUGCUGCCAAACACCUGGCCGGCCUCAAGGUCUACAACGUGGAUGGCCCGGGGAAUAACAGCCCCCUCCCGCCCUCAGGCCCGGGGAAUAACAGCGCCGCUCAGUCUCGGGCCAUGAUCGCAGCCGCGGCCCGGCGCAGAGACACCAGCCACAACGAGCUGUACUACGAGGAGGCCGACCACGAGAGACGCGUCAGGAAGCGCCGCGCCCGGCUGGUUGUGGCGGUAGAGGAGGCCUUCACACACAUUAAGCGGAUGCAGGAGGAGGAGCAGAAGAAGCCUCCUGCGGAGGUGAUGGACCCGCGGGAGGCGGCCCAGGCCAUCUUCCCCUCCAUGGCGCGGGCGUUGCAGAAGUACCUCCGCACCACCAGGCAGCAGCACUGCCACACCAUGGAGAGCAUCCAACAGCACCUGGCCUUCUGCAUCACCAACAACAUGACGCCCAAGGCCUUCUUGGAGAGCUACCUGAGCCCCGGCCCCACGCUGCAGUACGGCAGUGAGCGCUGGCUGGCCAGGCACUGGACUCUGGUGAGCGAGGCGGCGGUGACCAGCGGUCUGAAGGAGGGCUCCAUCUUCCUGCUCAAGUGCAUAGACUUCAGCCUGGUGGUGACCACCAAGCGCAUCCCCUACAUCAAGCUCUCCGAGGAGUUCAUCGACCCCAAGUCCCACAAGUUCGUCCUGCGCCUGCAGUCCGAGACCUCGGUGUAGCGCGCGGAUUCCCCUUUUUUAAAUCCUUUUUAUUUACAAGGUUUAUAUUUUUCCCUUUUUUGUCACUUAUGCAAUUCUCGUUUUGUUUCGGUUAACAAAAUAUCUGCUAUAUUUAAAGACGUAAAAAUCGCACAGGUGAUGAGGUGGAGACGUCUGUGUGUAUAGGGAAUCAAACCCGAGAGAUAGUACAGUUUGUGUGUGUUUGUGUGUGCGUGUGUGUGUGCGUGUGUGUGCGUGUGUGUGCGAGUGUGUGUGCGUGUGUGUGUGCGUGUGUGCGCGCGCGUGUGUGUGUGUGUGUGUGUGUGUGCGAGUGUGUGUGCGUGUGUGCGUGUGUGCGCGCGUGUGUGUGUGUGUGUGCGUGCGUGUGUGAGUGUGUACGUGCGUGCGUGUGUGUGUGCGUGCGUGUGCGUAGCUACAUGGACGUUCAUCCUGCCUGUUCCAGCAUCAUGAGUGAGAUGGGCAGGUGAAGGGUGUGAGGGUGGGGUAGGAGGAGACCCUUCCUCUGGGGGAGAGAGCAGGCGCAGGGUGGCUUAUCUAAAGGACCGCUGAAGCCCCUCCACCAAGACCGAGCUGAACAGAGAAGAGGAAUAGUUUUACAUAUCUGACAUCCUCAACAAGAACACUCUGCCCUGCUGGUUUUGGUCUUAUGCAGGAACCAUGAAGUCCCAACCAAGUGUCUAUCACCAUGUUUUAUUUUUUAUUUUUUUAUUUUUUGCUUGUAGAAAUCAACCAAGUCACGUGUUGUAUUUGUGUCAUAUAGAGUCCUGGUCACAUGCUUCACCUGGGGUUGCUAUAGCAACAGGUUCAGCUGGGGAACAAUGUAGCCUGGUUGCUGAAAUGAAUCAGCAGCUACCUUCAUUGAAACAAUUCAGGUGCAUAUUUUCAGAUGAAUGACAUUUUGUUGAGUAUGAACAUUACGUGUAUAUAUGUGUUUGUAUAUAUAUAUACACAUGUAUUUAACAUAUAUGUGCAAACAUAUGGUAUUUGCCUGUGUGUAAAUAUAAAUGUAUAUAAUGCUGUUCAUUUGAUACACUUUCAUAUUCUAAUUUGCCUGCCUGCACAUAAAACAGACUGCGGAAUUCAGACACUACCAAAAUACUUCUCUUUGUAUACAUUCUCUUCACCAUUCCUGGAUACAAACUUAUUUUUGAACUCAUAAACAUUUUUAGAAACCCAGUUUCGAGAUGACUUUUUGUAGCUUUUCUAUAACAUUGUGUUUGAUAUCAAAUUAACAUGUAGCUUCGGCGUUGGAAGGCUGUUAUCUCGUUGGCACUCGUUAUCCUUGAACCCUUGAGAGUCGACAGCGGUCGAUAUUCCUGUGGUCGGCUCCCCACUCAGGCCCGACCAGAGAAUCAGGGUAGAUUGAUUUUGCAUUGAUUUUCCCACCUCAGUGUUUAAACACUCCUGUGUGAACGUAUGCACUGGGAGCUCUGGUCAACCCUUCUCACAACUGAAAUGAAAAUUGAGAUUCAUCGAAAUUCUUCCAUUCUUGUCUUUGUUUAUUGAUCCGUAUCUGUCUUUUGCCCUCUUUAGUUCCCAUUUAACUUUUUUAUUUUGUGAGCACAAGCCAAAGACACGUGUAUAACAGUCCUUUUCCCCUGGUUAAAGAGGGUCAAUGAACUGCGGUUUUAGCUGUUUUCUGUUCCUGUGAAUCAGGACGUGUAGCACUGCACCUCCACCAUCGCUGUGUCUCGGGCCGGCCUACACCUGCAGUACAAGGUGGAGUCCAGGUGGAUGAACGGGGCUAAACCUCCAGGAAAGUCACAUUAAACUACACUAAACUACUAAACUUAACUGUAGAGCGUUUCUGUGGCUGAAAUCUUCCAGGGAAUGAGGACUAAAAGGGAGAGUAUCUGAUGUGCAUAGAGGUGUUCAUUCCUUCCUUGGCUAAGGUACAUUUCCUGCUAAUGAAACCAAGCCCCAAUAAAAAUCUCACUUCAGGA